AUGGAAAUAGACAGAGGGGAGGACCUUUCACCAGGAAGGUAUUUCAGCAGACACGAUGCGAUCAUUGUUUUGACACAGUGAUUAGUUGUCGCGUGUGUGUAUAUAUGUCCAUGUAAUACCUUUAUAGACCACACACGAGCAUCAUUAGCUUACCAUUUUCUUAGCUUGGAGAGGCAGUUGCCUCAAGAUGUCUCUGUCUGUCCAGAAAUGGUUUGGCGUCCUGAUUCUGUGUAUAUUCUCUCAUGACGUUGUUGCAAAAACAGUUAGGCGCAAUGUUCUCUUCAUCAUGGCUGACGAUUUGAGACCAACAUUAGGAUGCUACGGGGAUCCUAUUGUAAAGUCACCGAACAUUGAUCAACUUGCCUCUAAAAGUAAUGUCUUUCUCAACGCAUAUGCCCAGCAAGCAGUGUGUGGACCAAGUCGGACCUCCUUACUAACAAGUCGUAGACCUGACACAACCCGGUUAUAUGACUUUAAGUCCUACUGGAGAGUGCAUGCGGGGAACUACACCACUCUCCCUCAGUAUUUCAAGUCAAAGGGCUACACCACCAUGUCGGUUGGAAAGGUUUUUCACCCAGGCAUAGCCUCUAAUCACUCGGAUGAUUACCCGUACAGCUGGUCUGUACCUCCUUAUCAUCCUCCCUCUUUCAAGUAUGAAAAUAUGAAGGUUUGCAAGGGCAGUGAUGGCAAACUGCAUGCCAACUUGCUGUGCUCAGUUAAUGUGUCUGAAACCCCUCUUGGGACACUGCCAGACAUGGAGAGCACAGAGGAGGCCAUCAGGCUGCUCAAGUCCACAAGGGAUUCUGGCAAGAAUUUCUUUCUGGCUGUUGGAUUCCACAAACCUCACAUUCCCUUCAGAAUCCCACAGGAGUUCUUGACACUCUAUCCCCUGGAGAAGAUGCGCCUGGCUCCAGACCCUGAUGUUCCUAAAGGCCUCCCCAGCGUGGCCUACAAUCCCUGGACUGACAUCAGGAAACGGGAAGAUGUCCAAGCUCUAAACAUCAGCUUCCCAUAUGGGCCAAUCCCAAAGGAUUUCCAGCUCCAGAUUCAACAGCACUAUUAUGCGUCUGUGUCGUACAUGGACUCCCAAGUGGGUCGGUUGUUGAAUACUCUGGAUUAUCUGGGCCUGGCUGAAGACACUGUUGUGGUCUUUACAUCUGACCAUGGCUGGUCACUUGGGGAGCAUGGAGAAUGGGCCAAAUAUAGUAACUUUGACGUGGCCACUCGCGUUCCACUAAUGUUCUACGUAGCAGGUAUGACUGCAGUCCGUCCUUGGCCAGAGGACGAGACCUUCCCCUACAUGGAUGUGUUUGGCCCAACACCGCAUCGCUUCACACAAGGAGGAACAGUGAGCAACGUGAACGAGCUGCUAGAUAUCUUUCCCACUGUGUCUGUCCUGGCUGGGCUGAAGCCCCCACUCCCCUGUCCCGACAACUCCUUCCACGUGGAGCUCUGCACCGAGGGACACGACCUGGCCUACACCUUCAAUGACAACAGCAAGAAGUCUGAGGCCAUUGCCUUCAGCCAGUACCCCCGGCCCGCCGACACCCCCCAGGAGAACUCAGACCUGCCCGACCUGAAGGACAUCCGAAUAAUGGGUUAUUCUCUGCGCUCCUGGGACUAUCGCUUCACUGUGUGGGCGGGCUUCGACCCAGCUAGCUUCCAGGUUAACCUGUCAGACGUGCACGGUGGGGAGCUGUACCUCCUGGAGGAAGACCCAGGCCAGGACCACAACCUGUACAACAGCUCUGAGCACAGCCUGCUGCUCUGCAAGCUGGGCCAGCAGCAACCCUGGGCACAGACCCUCAAACAACACCUCCUUUACCUCACUGCAGGGACUAAAUCUAAAGGGAUGGCAUGAUGCUUUGUGUAAUGAACUAUUUAGGAGGGAAGGGCUUCAUUUUUGCUGUGUUCAUAAGGGAUGUUUCCAUUUAAAUGCCUAUAACUAGAUUGUUUCAGCUUCUAUUGGCACUUUAGGUAGUUAAGUGUUAGCAUAUGGUUAACCUACAAUACAGGGUUUUUAGGUGUAAUCAUUGUCUUAGCAUUUCAGAUUUCUGAAUGUUGAUGGUAAAUUUCAAUGGCAGGAAUUUGACUCCACCUCUAAAUCGCACAACUCCAUUAGUUCACUGGUUAUCAGUAGGCUAGGUUUGAGAUCACUAGACUUAUUUUUCAAGCAUAAGGUCUGAUUUCCUAAUGUACUGUAACAAACUGUGAUGGUGAAAUGUUUUUAUAUAGGGAAAGAUCAUUAGGGCCAACAUGGAGGUCUUGGUGAACAUGCUGUACUGUAAGACUAUCCAUGUUCAUAUUUUGCACACAGAUACUCUUUUGAAAUGUUGUACAAGUAUGAAUUUCUAAAAUGUAUCCAAUCCAAA